GGAAGUUUGGUGGUUUUUUGCGUCAUCGUUGCUGCUGUUACUGCUGCUAGUGCAAAAGGCAAAGCGAAGGGCACGACAGCGCACUGCUGAAUAAACGCGAUUGAUGUGAAAGCGUGAGUGGGAGGGCGGAGAGAUGAGGAGAGGACGCAGGAAAGCGGCCAGUAAGGACAAGGUGUUCGGCUGCGACCUGCUGGAACACCUGGCUGCAGCCAGCCAGGAGAUUCCUCAGGUCUUACGAAGCUGCAGUGAGUUUAUUGAGGAAUAUGGCAUUGUUGAUGGAAUUUACCGGCUCUCUGGGGUAUCAUCGAACACACAGAAACUCAGGGGGGAGUUUGACAUUGACGGUGUGCCGGACCUCAGUAAAGAUGUCUACCUGCAGGAUAUCCACUGUGUGAGCUCCCUCUGCAAAGCCUACUUCAGAGAGCUGCCCAACCCUCUGCUCACCUACCAGCUCUACGACAAAUUCGCUGAUGCAGUGGCCAUUCAGCUAGAGGAGGAAAGGCUGGUGAAAAUUAGAGAUGUGCUAAAAGACCUGCCAGUCCCCCAUUACAGGACCCUGGAGUAUCUGAUGCGUCACUUGGUGAAGAUGGCGACUUUCGCCUCAGAGACUAACAUGCACGCCAGGAACCUGGCUAUCGUCUGGGCUCCCAACCUGCUCAGGUCUAAGGACAUCGAGGCUACAGGGCUGAACGGAACAGCAGCCUUCAUGGAGGUUCGUGUGCAGUCCAUCGUGGUGGAGUUCAUCCUCACACACGUCAGCCAGCUCUUCCCAAUCCCAGGCCAAGUCCCUGAGAGGAGGAAGUCCCUCCCCUCCCCCUCGAUCCUGUCCAAUCAGGAGGAUCCAUUUUUCAGAGCGAUCCCGUUCAACGUUCCGAGCACGCUCAGUCCCGGCAACGGACCCCCCGCCAUGCGGCCGUACCACGCCAUCAUCGAGGGAACCGACAAGAGGAAGGGGUCUCUGAAGGGCAGGAAGUGGAAGUCAAUCUUCAACCUGGGAGGAAGACUCCAGGACCCCAGGAGGAAGAACAAAACCACCGGCAAAGAGAAAGAGAAGGUGGGCCUCAGGCCUGCAAAGAGCAUGGACUCCCUGAGCUCCGUACCCUACACACCGGAAGGUACCAGACAGCACCCGGCCGCCUCCCCCCUGACCCAGCCCCCUCCCGCUCCGAGCGGCGAGACGGGCCCCGCCGGGGGGGGCCUGGGCGGGGCGGGCAGCGGGUACGCGGUGACGUACCGACGCGGGGGGGGCGCGUGCGUGAGCGUGGUCAGCGGAGGCGGGGUCCAGGGGACGUACAGCAGGCUGGAUUCCGGGGGGGAGCACCACACGGACGGCCAGCCCCCCCAGCCCAGAUCCCCGGCGCUGGCCAGCAGGGCGGAGCGCCGCGCCGGGAUGCACAUCUCGGGGCCCAUCUCCGUCACCGUGCCCCUCCACAUCACCUCCGGCCUGGUGCUGGGCGGGGCCCUCAGGCAGGGCGAGGGCGCGGGCAACAGGGACGGGGCCGGGGCGAGGGUGGAGGAGGGCGCGGCCCCGAAAGACGAGGCGGCGGCCAACGGGGACGGGGACGGGGGCGGCGCCCGGAGGGACAGUGGCGGCGGGCCUCACCCGGAGGAGAACGGGAAAGCGAGGGCAGAGGAAGAGGGACAGGGGGAGGAGAGCGGGAAAGCGAGGGCAGAGGAAGAGGGACAGGGGGAGGAGGGCAGGGAGGGCGGAGCGGGGGGAAAGGAAAGCGCGGUGACCAGGUUAGAGGAGGGUAGGGAGGCCGGCGGCGGGGAGGAGAGGGAGAAGGAGGAGACUGAGCCGGCGGAGGCAGCUGCAGCUGAGGAGGACCUCGACUACGUGGAUAUGAAAGGGAUAUCUCCCCGAGAGGAACAAGACUCACAACUCCCUUUAGACUUCCAGGACACUUUUGGUUUCCUGGACCUCAUGGACAGCAGUGCAUAUAAUCAGGUGAAUGAAUUCUCAGUGGAGCCCCCUUGCUACGAGGAGAUGGAUGAUGAUGAUGAAGAGUCUGGUUACCCAGGACACUCCUCCCUCAUGCUGACCCCAGAGCGGCCCCUCCAGCCCCCCCGACCUCUGACCCCCGACCCCCAGGGGAACUCAGCCUGUAAGUCUCUCAGCCUGCCCUACAAGUCCCGGCCCUUCCUGGCAGCACUCUCCUCCUCUUCCUCGGGGGAGGACGACGACGAAGACGAAGAGGAGGGAAGUGAUGAAGAGGAGGACAUUAUGUUCUACAGCCUGCCCUCCAGCCUGCUGCUCCAGGCGGGGAUCCAGGGAGAGGCAGAGACACACAAAAUGGCCGAAAACGCCGGCGCCCAUCCAACUGCACGACCGGGGCAGGACACUGACGCCCACUCCAGCCCCAAUGCCAGGAGUAGAGCCAAUGCCUUUAGCCAAUCAGAGGGGGAACAUGAGCACAGCCCGGACAUGGAUUGGCUGUUGGCCUUGGCCAGACCCAGGGAGAUGGUGGAACACGAUGGCAGUGAGGAAGAAGACAGCCUGGAACUGAGGAAGCAGACGGAGGAGGAGGAGGAGGAGGAGAAGGAGGAGGAGGAAGAGACACCUGCAAAUACAACCAAUGGAGAGAGAGACCACCCAGUCGCCCUGACGAACGACGCGCAUGAACUCGGAUGUGCUGGGAGAGAAUCUGGCUUUGUAAUGAGUGAGGAAGACGAGGAAUAUGAGGAAGACUGCGGCAAGGGGCUCAAAGAGGAAGACCACACAUCUGAACACAGUGCCCCAGAACAGAGAGAGGGAGAACACACAGAACCCAAGGAGAGAGACCACGCAGCUGAACAUACAGAACCCAAAGAGAGAGACCACACAUCUGAACACACAGAAUCCAAGGAGAGAGACCACACAGCUGAACACACUGAGUCCAAAGAAGACCACGCAGCUGAACACACAGAGUCCAAGGAGAGAGACCACAUAUCUGAACAGACAGAACCCAAGGAGAGAGACCACACAGCUGAACACACAGAGUCCAAGGAGAGAGACCACACAUCUGAACAGACAGAACUCAAGGAGAGAGACCACACAGCUGAACACACAGAGUCAAAAGAAGACCACAUAUCUAAACACACAGAACCCAAAGAGAGAGACCACACAGCUGAACACACAGAGUCAAAAGAAGACCACACAUCUGAACACACAGAAUCCAAGGAGAGAGACCACACAGCUGAACACACAGAGUCAAAAGAAGACCACACAUCUGAACACACAGAACCCAAGGAGAGAGACCACACAGCUGAACGCACAGAGCCCAAGGAGAGAGACCACACAGCUGAACACACAGAGUCAAAAGAAGACCACACAUCUGAACACACAGAACCCAAGGAGAGAGACCACACAGCUGAACAGACAGAACCCAAGGAGAGAGACCACACAGCUGAACACACAGAGUCCAAAGAAGACCACACAUCUGAACACACAGAACCCAAGGAGAGAGACCACGCAGCUGAACGCACAGAGCCCAAGGAGAGAGACCACGCAGUUGAACGCACAGAGCCCAAGGAGAGAGACCACGCAGCUGAACGCACAGAGCCCAAGGAGAGAGACCACGCAGCUGAACGCACAGAGCCCAAGGAGGGCGACCACGCGACCGAACGCAGCUCCACAGAGCACAGAGAGGCGCCGCACAGGAAGAUUGGACCGGGGGGCACAGCCGACAGUCACCACGGAAGCCCAGAGGGCCCAGAGGGUUGCCACGGUUACUCAGUCAACGGCCCCGAACCGGCGGCAGAGCUGAUGGAGUGCACCGUGAGCCCUGAGGCCUGUCCUCCGCCCCUCCCCGAAACCCCGCUGGGGUCCCUCGCCUGCCCUCCCCCGCACCAGGAACCUCCGGCCCCACCUGCUGAGGGAGGGAGCGAGAAGGCACAGGAGAGUCACCAGCAGCCAGCCGCGCAGGAGAAAGAGGGAAAGAAGGAACAAAUGGAGGAGAGACAAGAGAGGAGUGCAGUGACAUCGGGAGGGCCGGAGGAGGGAAGAGGAGGGAGGGAUCUCAGAACGCCGCAGAAGGACGAGGCCCAGCGGAACGCGAGGGAGAGGGAUGAAGAGCGGAAUAAGGGAGGAGAGGAGGAUAGAGAGCAGGGGGCGAGGCAGGGCAAGAGUGAGAGGGAGAGGGAGGGGCGGUGUCCUGGCCCAGGGCCGGGCGUGGCCAGAGCGCUGGUUUACUCCAAGCAGGCCACGCCCAAACUGCACCAGGCCAAGGCCGUGCCUGUGGUCCCGCCCAAACCGCAGCAGUGCAAGCUGACGGCCCUCACCCUGCGACAGCAGAGGGAGAGGGAGAGAGGAGAGGGAGAGAGGGAGGAGCAGAGAAGACGAGAGGCAGAGAGAGAGCGGGAGAAGGACGGGGACACCGAGGGAGAGUCGGAGAGAUGGGGGGACGAAGGGAGGAGUGCGGAGAAGGACACGAGGAGGAACAGCGGCGGGAGCGUGUGUUUCGACGUGGCCGUCGCCAGGGCGACGGAGAAGAGGGGCAGAGAGAGGGAGAGAGGGAAGGAUGGACAGAUGGAUGGUAGGAGAGGAGCAGAAAAAGAUUGAGGAUAGGGAGAGAGAGAGAGAGAGGGGGGGGAGAGAGGGGGAAGGAAGAAGAGGAAAAGGAAUGGCAGGAAUGAGAAAAGAGGAGAGGGGCGAUGAAGUGCAGAGAUGGAAAAGUGGUGACAAAAGGACAGAGAAAUGAGAUGAGGGAGGGCAAGAGAGAGAGGAAGGGUGGGGGAGAAAGAGAGAAAAGCAAAGACAGUGAUUAGGGCAGAGCUCAGAUAUAAUUGGCAUAACCUUCUAAAUAGCACAUUCCACAACCCCACUGUUAUUAUUAUUGUGAAAUACACCCCCCCCCCCCCUUUAUCUGACUCCAGUUGAAUUUCCAGCUCUUUCUGAAUACUGACCUGACCUGGGCCAUGUUGAAUCGAUGUGCGUUUUGCUACAUUUUGGUACAGUUUCCAGGUCGAGCGAUAUGUUUUCUCCCAACGGUGUGCAACAUUUUGCAACAUGCUUAAUGGGUGUGUCGGGGGCUUGGCCCAAAUCAAUAAUGAAGCAGGCUUCAUAACGAUGCGCCAAUGUGUCCGUUUUAAUAACCGCUCUGCCGCGUUUCGUCAGGGAUGAACACAACCCAGCAGUGAUUUACCUGUUAUGUAGUGCAGGGCCAUAUAAGAAUUGAACAGAAUGAAUAAAUACUGAACACUUCUUCAUACUUCGGUCUAUAAAAUGAAGUUGUUAGCAAUUUUAUAGUUGCACAAAUAAAGUACUUGGUCAUCUCCCUAAACAAUUUUUUUCUUUUUUAUAUGUGAAAUAUUAGAUUUAUUAAGUUUGUAUAAUAGUCUGUACUUCAAUAAACGGCUUAUAAAGUGUCAAUGGGAAGGGCACACAUGCCUACCAUAGUUACCCUGCUGUAAAAUCCAGCUAUUACCAGCUCAAAAUUACCUGCUACCAGCAGUUUCAAAACCUAGCUGGAGCUGGACAAACCAUUUUGAGCUGGGAGCUGGUCUGAACUGGUCAACCAGCUAAACCAUGUGGAACAGCGACCAGCUGUUUCAAAACCUAACUUGAGCGUUUUUUUUUCCAGCAGGGUUGUCAUGUGAUUGCUGAAUUGUGCAACCUCAGGAUUAAAUCUUCUCAGUGAUCAAUGCAACAUGUUUAUAUUAUGUAUUGGAAUUGAAUAUGUGGCCUGUAGCAUGGUGGUUAAGGUAAACGACUGGGACAGGCAAGGUUGGUAGUUCGAAUGCCAGUGUAGCCACAAUAAGAUCUGUACAGCCGUUGGGCCCUUGAGCAAGGCCCUUAACCCUGCAUUGCUCCAGGGGAGGAUUGUCUCCUGCUUAGUCUAAUCAACUGUAUGUCACUCUGGAUAGGAGCGUCUGCCAAAUGCCAUUAAUGUAAUGUAAUGUAAUGAAUAUGGACUAGACUACACUGGGCUCACUGGAGCUGAAAUCUAGAAAAAUUCAGCUCCCAAAAAAUGUCAGAAUGACAUUGAACCAGGCGAUCACCUUUAACUGUGGCAUCUCACCUCCAUUGUGUAUUUCCUGUGAAAGGGAGAGGUCCACAAGAGCAGCUUUUAGUGUACAUGUUCACAAUCAGUAAACUGAAUGUUGUAAUAAUGACAUGCAUCAACACAGUGGCAAACUUUCAAAAAGGUGAUUAUAUGAUGUUUUCUUUUUAGCUGUAUUAAGUGUUGGAGUUUCUAUUAAAUAAACAUGUGUUGUAGUCUGGAUGCUAGGCAUAGAAUGAACAGCUUCACAGCUCUGAUACGGUCAUUUUAGGCAUCGC